AUGCUCUGUAAAUUCCAGCUCGUAAUGAAGGCGAUAUAUUUUUAUUGCCUGAUUUGUAUUUUGUUGCCGGAGUUUUCUUAUGCUCUCUUCGAGGACCAAGUUGGGAAAUUUGAUUGGCGACUGCAGUAUGUCGGUUGUCCGCAUAAAGUUCACUUCGACACCUGGGGCAAGAGUGAUCGCUUGCUCAUGUCCACUAGGGAGAACGUCUUCGCAUCACUUUCCGCUAACAGUGGUCAGAUAGUGUGGCGGCGUAUUCAGGAGGACGUGAAAGGACCAGUGAUUUCUAUUGCUAUGGAAGUUGAUGACAAAGCCCUCUACACAAUUUCUGCUGGUGGGCGUGUUGUAAGGGUCUGGAAUAAGAGGAAUGGUGCGUUGCUAUGGCAAAAAUCAAUUAGCGAGGACGUUGAAACCAGUGUCCAACCGAGUAUCGUUUUGAGUGAGGAAUCAGUUAUUGUCGCCAACUCGAAGAAAAUUUCUUGCUUUUCAAAGAAUGGUGAUGAGAGGUGGGCUCGGGCUGUUCCAUACAGUCAGUGGUCGAUAAUCAGGACCACUAAUACUGUGGUACGUCACUUAUCUAUUGCUAAUGGUGUCUUUACCGUGGAGGACAUUUCACUGAGUAUGGGUGAAGCGAGUUCUCGUAGAUCACUCAACGUUAAAUUCACUUCAAUUGAAACAUGUGCUGUUGUGCGAAACUUCCUUAUCUGCGGCCAUGACGACUCUUUGCUCUGGGUAGAUUUCACAUCCUCCAGUUUGAAUGUUCAAGAGAAAAAACUCGGAUGUAAUGCAAGGGCUGUAGAUGUUUUGAACGAGCGUUUUCUUUUAACGAAGUGCUCUACAUCUGCUUCAGUUUUUGAUGUGUUACAAACUGGUCCUGAUCAGAGACUUCUCAUUCCCCAUCAAAUCGACUCUGCUGCUCUGAAUGGCAACUUCCUGGUGGCCGUUAGUGGGAAAACUCUCGAAGUUUUCGAUAUGACGUCAUUUCGACAGAUGUUUAAAACUGCUCUGCCCUUUGAUGACGAAAACUUUGCUCCAAUAGAUGCCGUCUAUUUGUCCUCUAAGGAAGCUAUCGAGAUGCUUACUGUAGGAAGAGACUGCAGGAUGGAAUUUAUUGUUAUUGACAUUGCUAAGUCGUCUAUCGCUUCUGAAUGGGUGCGUGAGGAAGGUUUAGCUCGAAUCGGUGCUGUUGAAAUGGUCGAUCUCCCUCUUUCAGAGUUGCAACAGAUGAUAGAGGACGAAUUUGAAGAAGGAGGCUCUGGUGAUGUAAUGUCGUCCUUCAUCCGUCGGUUAAUCUCACAAACUUCGCAGAUGCAGAAGUGGUUGAUGAAAACCGCCAACCAAAUAUUUUCCUUCUCGUAUAUGAUUACGACAAGGACGACGUCUUUUUCUAAACUACUUGAUCAUGUCCGGUUGGCCGCGAAGGCGAGCAGUCACCGCGGUGAGAUGCUGGAACGUGAUUUCUUCAAUCUCCGGAAAAUGUUGAUUGUAGCAUCUUUGGAUGGCGUGGUCUUCGGACUUGACAGCAGCGAUGGUUCAAUUGUGUGGCGCCAUUGGCUAGGAGAUAACUUCGCUCCUUUGAUCAGUUCAUUUGGAGCAACUGAAAUUCCCCUAUUUAUCCACCGGUCAACGGCACACUAUCAACUACCUGGACUCGCUUCUGUGGUUUUUAGAGACUUCUCUUCUUCUGCUGGUGUUUUGGUGUUUUUCAACCCCAUCACAGGGGAAUUAGUGGACAAAAUCCAUCUAGCGACACCAAUAUCUCGCACAGAUGUGUUGAACAUAGUGGGCAAGAACCAUGUAAACCCUUUGCUGGUUGUGGGACAAAAUAGUCAGAUGUCCAUGGAGAAUGCAUUUGGCAGAAGAUGUGGACAUGACAUUAAAAUUCCACCCCACCGCAUUCUUUCGAACUUCACCUUGAGUUGCUUAACAUGUUCUUCCGAGGAGCAACAACGAGUCUACAUUUAUCCUCCACAACCAGACGAAAUUUUGAGCUCUGCAGCUCCUGUUUAUCUUUUUAAUGUGGAGUCUUCGCGUAUUUCUGGAACCAAGGUCAACCUAGCGGAGAAGAAAAUUAUUAAAACAUGGGCCUCUGAUCUACAUCUAGCUCCUUCUGAGAAAAUCGUCAUAGUAAAAGGAAAGCCUCGUCACCAGAAAGUACAUUCGCAAGGACGCGUAUUGAUCGAUCGCAACGUCCAGUAUAAGUAUGCGAAUCCCAAUUUGGUUGCUAUCGCCGCUAUUGAUUCGAUCCAUCAAUAUUUAUCGAUCUUCCUCGUGGAUGUGGUAUCUGGUCAGAUGAUUCACUCAGCUCGUUUAACUAAAGCUGCCGCACCCGUCCAUCUUGUUCAUUGUGAACACUGGAUUGCGUACUCGUACUGGUCAGAAAAAGGGCGGCGUACCGAGAUCGGCGUGCUUGAGCUCUACGAAGGUAGCGAGCAAUCCAAUAAGGACCGUUUUGAUUCCUUUGCACCUACUAAACAACCCCCUGAAGUUGUUUCUCAAAGCUUUAUCUAUGCUCAAGGUAUCGAAGCUAUGGCAGUGAGCGAAACAGAGAAGGGGCUCACGACAAGAUCAUUACUGCUAGCUUUGCCAGUGGGUGGCAUUCAUGAAGUGACCCGUAAACUGUUGGAUGCAACUAGACCUCUUGAAUUAACUCAGGAGAUGCGUGAAGAGAUGAUGAUACCAUAUAUGCCCGAGAUUCCUGUUGCGACGGAAGAUAUGGUGAAUUACAACCAGACUGUUCACGGAGUUCGAGGAAUAAAAACCGCUGCGUCAGGUUUGGAAUCCACCAGUCUUAUGCUGGCCUAUGGUAAAGAUAUUUUCUUCACUCGGCUAACUCCUUCGGGUACCUUUGAUAUCCUGAAGGAUGACUUUGACCAUGUGUUAAUCAGCGCCGUACUAUUUGGGCUCAUCACUGGGAGUGUCAUUAGCAAAAAAUUGGCGCGGAACAAUGCUCUUGCUGCGGCGUGGACAUGA